AUGGCAAAAGUAAUGAGCGAAGACGAAUUCUUCACGGAAUAUGACAUGCAAUAUCCUGAGGCAACUUUGAAGCAGGCACGAGAUGCGUAUAAAGAAUAUCUUCAAAAACAGGGCGAGCAAGAGCUGCGUCGUAGAGACAUUACGGGGUUCGUAGCAGUAAUGGAGGCGGUACCGCAGAGAGUUGUUGGAAUGCAUUACGACAUGCGUUGGAGUUGGGAGUUGUACUCUAUGCGGGCUGCUACAGUGCGAGGACAUAGCAUUCGACAAACAUAUGGCUAUACGCCAAGACUGGGUGGUUUGGGUGGUACACUCAUGGACGGAUCUGAGCGCGGUCUAGGCUAUGAAGGCAUUGAUUUGAACGAUGAGGUCGUCUGUAAGAGAAAACCUACUCUUCAAAAGUUACAACAGGCUUUGUCUGAUAAGGGAGUCAUACUUGUCCGUGCUCCGCCAAUGGCAGGUAAGACUUCACUUGCUCAGCUUUUCGAACACCACUUGCUCGAAUUAUCAGAAUUCCAGAGUCAAGAGCGUCGGGUCUUUCGGCUGUCAUUGCUGUGGAUGAAAAGGGAAGCAGAAUCAUGGGACUUUGCUGAAAGGUUCAAGUGGCUUUUCGGAGGCGUUAGUUGGGAUGAAUUUAUAGAAGAGUGCAAUUCCAUCUUGACUGUGUUAAUCGUUGACGAAGUUCAAAUGAUAUAUCGACCAGAAGGCGAAGCUGAAGCUUUGCAUGGUGGGAAUAUAUUUUGGAAUACGUUCAAAAGCAUGCAACAGUUCCGAAGACUGCAGAUAGUUGCAUUUGCAUCAUAUGGCUAUAGAGGUGCAUACGAUGGAAACGCACAAACAGGAAAGAUUAUGGAUGUUUCUCCAUAUCGGCUUCACCAGUCCCAUAUCUGGAGCUUGGAGAAUGUGCGCUUUACGGAGGAUGAGUUCUAUGACUAUUUUCAACGAUUUUGCAAGUUGAGACUUGAGUCCCUGAAAGACGUUGAUGUGCUCAGCUGCUAUGUCUCUGAAGUGACAUUGUUGCAUCCUGGGCUUGUCGCAUUUAUAAUGAACACGAUAUAUGAAAGAUUUCUUCCACAACUGAAGGAGGGAAAAGAAGCGCUGACUUUUGAAAAGAUUUACGCAUAUCUUUCAAGCUAUAGGUUCAACGAAUUUAUUAGAAAUACUCGGGCAGCUCCACGACUCAGUGAUAUGGAUUCAGAUGAAAUCCAUCUUGUAGAUACUGUUCUCUUCAGACCAGGAGGCAUUAUCGUACGUCCAGAAGACAUUCCAAACAAUGGUCGCCUUAUCAAGACAAGUAUCCUCACUCCAUCUCAGAGCCAUAACAUGCAAGACAAUAUUUUAGAUUUUUCAGCACCGUUGUUACGGGCUGCUUACCUUCAAGAUCGUUUAGGUGCUACGCAGCGCGCACAUAUACCACCAAAGUCGUUUCAAGAUUUUAUCGAAUCUGUCUUUGCAGCAAUGAGACCAGAGACAUUCCGUAUGACACUAAGCAUUGGCUGUGAUGGAAGACUAUUAGAAAGGAUCUGGCAGAUGGAAUUUUAUAGAUCUGCCACACAGAUUCUUCCUAUAGAUGUCUAUAUUUCGCCAGAUGUUGGAGCAGUAUUUGGUACAGGUGGUUAUGUCGAUUUUUAUGUUAAUGAUGGACGAGAUUGGGCAAUAGAACUUUUGCGGGACGGGGAGGAUUUACGGAGUCACCAAGAAAAGUUUACUGAAAAUGGCUUAUAUGGUCCAAUUUUAAAAUGGGCGAAAGAAUAUGCUAUCAUCGAUAUUAGGCAGACCAAAGGACGCCCACGGAGUCCUAAGCAGAACUUCAUUUAUGUACAAUGUGCGAAUGAUUUCAGCUAUGUUAACAUGACUGUUGAUGGCAAGCAAUGGACAUAUAUUCCACUUUGUGGAUCCGGAAACUUGUAUGAUAGUAUGUGUAUGAAUGAAUUAGCAAAGAGUCAAGAGAAUUGA